UUUUAAAAAGCUAGAUGACGAAGGUGACAGUUGGUUCAAGUGGCAAGUGUCUGAAUUAAAAAUCAUCGUUGUAAAAAGAGCUUUAUAAAGUUGAUAUUCCAAAUUUCUAAAAUAUGGCGUAAAUAAACAAUUAAUUAUCGGAGUUAUUUGUUAAUAUUACAGGUACAUUGUAUUGUUAAUUAAUGUACUGUACCAAUUAAACUGAUACCUUGUCAACUGGAUUAAUAUAAAUAUUUCAUACAAAGCUAAUAAUAAAUAAAGAGUGCAUUCACAAAGUCAUAAAGGUAUCAUCAUAUUGAGCAAUAUAUUUUAUCUGUUGCCAAAUAAUGAAACGAAAUUGAAGAAAAUUUAUAAUUAAUUUAUCAAGUAAAAAAUACACAAUCUAACCUGUUGUGUCAAAUCGAAAACUUGAUACAUCUUGACUUUUACUCAUCUUCAACAUCAGUCAAAAUAAUAUCUCCACGUUGAUGUAAAAUAUGUUCAAGUAUGCUUAACUUGUCAAUGAAUUAAAAAAGUAUAAAAAAAUAAAAUUUAAAAACAAAUAAAUUGGAGCAAAAAAAAAAAAAAAAUAAAAACAAUGGCAAAUCGUAAUUCAGGAAGAGGUCCAAUACCAGAACGUUGGUUAAAUUGUCCAAGAAGAGCAGGACGUCUUAUUCAUGAUAAAUUUUUAGCUUUUAAAACACCAUUAUCACAAGAUUUUGAUGAUCAAGUACCUGAAGCAUGUCGUUUUAAUAUUGAUUUUUUAUUUAACAGUGCAAAAGGAAAUAAAUGGAAACUUGGUUUAUGGAUUGAUUUAACAAAUACAUCACGUUUUUAUGACAGACAAGAUAUUGAAUCAUAUGGAUGUAAGUAUCUAAAAUUACCAUGUCGUGGACAUGGUGAAACACCAGAUGAACAAACAACACGUGCAUUUGUAGAAAUAUGUAAACAAUUUAUAAAACAACAUCCAUUGGAAAUAAUUGGUGUACAUUGUACACAUGGUUUUAAUAGAACUGGUUUUUUAAUAAUAAGUUAUAUGGUUGAAAUUGAAGAUAAUAGUCUUGAUGCUGCAAUGGCAAAAUUUUCAGUAGCAAGACCACCAGGUAUUUAUAAAAAUGAUUAUAUUGAAGAAUUAUAUAAACGUUAUGAAGAAGGUGAAACACCACCACCACCACCACCAAGACCAGAUUGGUGUUAUGAAUAUGAUAAUGAAAAUGAUGAUGAUGAUGAUGAUAAUGGAAUAAAUAAUGACAAUGAUGAUUGUGAUGAUGAUAAUGGUGUUAAUGGUGGUGGUAGUAAUCCACCACCAGCAAAACGUCGUAAAAGUGAAUUUAAACAUAAAAAUCCAGUGUUUAUGAUUGGUGUUCCUGGUGUAUCACCAGUAACAGAUGGAUCAAAAUUAUCACAUGUACAAAAAAGAGUACAAGAUAUAUGUAAAUGGACAAAAACUGGAUUUCCAGGCUCACAACCAGUAUCAAUGGGACGCAUUAAUAUAACAUUACUACAGAAUAAACCUUACAGAGUAUCAUGGAAAGCUGAUGGAACAAGAUAUAUGCUGAUGAUACAAGCAAAUGGUGAAUCAUUUUUUAUUGAUCGUGAUAAUAGUGUUUUUAAAAUAGAUGUUAUUAAAUUUCCACAUUACAAAGAAACACAUAGAUUACUUUAUGAUACACUUCUUGAUGGGGAAAUGGUAAUUGAUCGUGCUGAUGGUAAAGAGUAUCCUCGUUAUCUUGCUUAUGAUAUAAUUAUGUAUGACAAUAAAGAUGUAUCAAAAUUAGGAUUUUAUCCUGAUCGUUAUAAUAUAAUAAAAUAUGAAGUUAUGGCUGGACGUCAUAGAGCAAUAAGUGAACGUAAAUUAAUAAGAGAAAAAGAACCAUUUUCAAUACGUUUAAAAGAAUUUUGGCCAGUUAUGCAAGCUGAUCGUUUAUUAAGUGAUAAAUUUUCACAACAAUUAGGACAUGAACCAGAUGGUCUUAUAUUUCAACCAUCAAAAGAACCAUAUUGUCCAGGACCAUCAGAUGGAGUAUUAAAAUGGAAACCAUCAUCAUUAAAUUCAGUUGAUUUUAAACUUAAAAUUGUUAUGGAAGGUGGUGUUGGUAUUGUUAGUAAAAAAGUUGGACAAUUAUUUGUUGGUUCACAAUCAAUGCCAUUUGCACAAAUUAAAAUUAAUAAAACAAUUAAAGAACUUGAUAAUAAAAUUAUUGAAUGUAAAUAUGAUAAUGGACAAUGGAUAUUUAUGCGUGAAAGAACUGAUAAAUCAUUUCCAAAUUCAUAUGAUACAGCAAUGUCUGUUUGUAAAACUAUUAGAGAUCCAAUUACAACUGAAUUUUUACUUAAUUUUAUACGUGAAAAAGGAUUUGUUGAUGAUUCUGAUCUUAUGCCACCACCAGCUAAACUACAAUCAAAUAGUUCAUCAUCAAAAUAUGUUCAUCAUAAUCAAAGACGAUAGUAUUUAAUUAUUUAAUUAUCUACUUAAUUUAAAUUUAUUUUAUUUUAUUACACAAAAAUAAUUGAUUAUUUUUUCUUUCCUAUUUUACUUGACUCAAAUUGAGCUAGACACAUAUACAAAAAAAAAAAAACAUAUACAAACUGUCAUUUAAUAAAUAAAUGUACUUGAGAUUUAAACAACUUUGAUUCAAAUAAAAAAAAAAAAAAAGACGUUUACUUUACUAUUAAAC